CCAGUUGUUCUGCUCCUAUGUAGUCAAGCAUAUGUCAACUCCGAGAAACUCCAGCCGUCGCCUUGCUUCACUCGAUGUCCUAGUUGAUGCUUGGUGACCCUGCAAAUCCCGUCCCUCUCAACAUUUCGAUGCCAGCGGCCGUUGUACUUCCGAGGCUUGCUCUCGAACGCCGGACGCUCAUAUUAGAACAGUCUAUCGAGUCUGGAGCAGUCUGUUGAGGAGGUCUUGGAGCCUGACCCACCGGAUUCUUGAGACAUGAGCUGGAGGUAGAUCAUGCCAGCAAAGUGGCGGAGGAAGGCCUGUACUCCGGCUGACAGCUCUGGAACCCCAAACUCGUCUUAUAGCGAUAUCCGCCUUGUACUAUGCCACGAUCGCCAGCCAGGGACGGUGUGCAACCACUGGCACAACAUCUCGUAACUCAUGAAGCCGAGAUUGACACGGCCGUACCCAUAUGGAAUGAUUAUCUAGUAGUGCCAAUUUUCCCGGUUAAGUACCGUCUGGUCAAUGAUGCUCUCACAGCGCCACUUCUCUCAUGGUGCAUGCCGGGAUGUUAGCUUUUUCAGAAUGACACUUUUUGAGUCCCAUCCUCGUGGGGUAUACGCAGAGCUCAAGGCGAGCUGAUGCUGUUCUCCGUACGAGGUAUAAAAGUCCUUUGCUUGAGUGCGGAGGUGCUUCAUCACCCAGCUCGAACGGUGUCGAUCGCGUCUGCAAUUCCCACUCAGCUAUGCGUACCACUAUGUCGACGCUCGUUACGCUCGUGUUGGCUGUCAAUGCCGAACAACACUGGGCUUUCGGUAACGUUAGACCGAUUGUCACGACCCGUCUUGACCCCGUCAUCAACUCCAAUGCGAUCGGAUCACACGUCCACUCGGUUGUGGGCGCAAGCCGGUUCAAGGAUGUGUAUGACCCAGCCGAUCUCGUCCAGAGCAACUGUACCACAAUUCCCGUACAACCAGACAAGAGCAACUACUGGGCGCCUCAACUGUACCAUCAAGAUCAGAAUACUGGGCUAUUCACUCCAAUCCCGACGUCUUUCAAUAUCUACUACCUCCUGCGACCGGGCCCAAAGAAUGAGUCCAUUAAGGCGUUUCCGCCUGGCCUCCGUAUGAUCGCUGGAGACACGAGCAGGCGCUCAUACAACGCGUCUGACUUCGCUCAACAAGCCAUCAGCUUUGUCUGUUUGGACGACAGCGAUGACCACGUGAACGACCCCGACUGGGCCGAGCGGCCGAACUUCUUCGACCACAACUGCCCGAAUGGUAUGCGCGCCCAGGUGUUCUUCCCUUCUUGCUGGGAUGGUGUCAAUCUCGACUCUCCCAACCACACAUCACACAUGGCCUACCCAAUUCAGAACUACAAUAGCGGCGAUUGCCCGGAGAGCCAUCCCGUCCACGUCGUCUCGCUCUUCUAUGAGAUGGAUGUAUCCGUCGGCCAGUUUGACUUCUGGGGUAACGGUACCUGGGUUCUUGCGAACGGCGACACGACCGGGUACGGACACCACGGCGAUUUCACGAACGGAUGGGACGUCGACCUCCUCCAGAACGCCAUCGACAACUGUCCGAACGCGACUGGGAAUGUCGGGGACUGUCCGCCUCUCGCUGCCCUGCUGGAUCAGGCGUCUGCAGAUGCUUGUGUGCUGGAGACGGAGAUUGUUGACGAGGAAACCGGCUUCAACGCUCCGCUCUCGUCGCUACCAGGCUGCAAUCCGCUGUGGAACGGGACCGGAACGCGGCCGGAAUGCUCGAGCAACGGGAGCGUUCCGCAGCUGAUACCAGCGCAGAUCCCGCUUCCGACCAACUGGUCCGAGGUUGGGUGUAUCGUCGAGGGCACGAACGGCCGGGCAUUGGUCGGUGCAUCCACGACGAGCCCAAAUAUGACGCGCGCGUCAUGCGCUUCGUUCUGCCAGUCGCUGGGGUUCGCAUUGGCUGGCGUCGAGUUCUCAGACGAGUGUUACUGUGAUAACAAGCUGCGGAAUGGCGCGUCGAAUGCGACGGUGACGUGGAACGAGUGCACGAACCAUUGUGCUGGGAAUAGCAAUGAGAUCUGCGGUGGUCCCAUGCUCCUUACCCUCCUUGUCAACUCAAACCCCCCUCCUCCGCCGCCCGACACCAUUCUCCCACCUGGAUGGUCUUUUGUCGGCUGUGUGUCAGACAAUCCAGCACGCGCCCUCACAGGCUUCAACACCGCGAACAACCAGAUGACGCACGAUUCGUGCAUAGCGACGUGCUCCUCUCAGAACUUCUCGAUCGCCGGUAUAGAAUUUGGCAGUGAAUGUUACUGUGGUGAUUCUUUUGCGAACGGAGGUGGCGACCUCCUGGACUCUUCUAGUUGCAGCGUCGUCUGCUCAGGAGAUGCGCUAAGCACCUGUGGUGGCAGCUGGGCGCUGAGCGCGUUCCAGUCCAAUGUCACGGUGAUUCUCCCAUCGUCGGCGACCUCAUCCCCUGCUGCGCCUUCGACGUCCGCCUCAUCGGCCUUCUCGACAUCUCUUUCAACAUCGACAUCUCUUUCAACAUCGACAUCUCUUUCAACAUCGACAUCUCUUUCAACAUCGACAUCUCUUUCAACAUCGACAUCUCUUUCAACAUCGACAUCUCUUUCAACAUCGACAUCUCUUUCAACAUCGACAUCUCAGGUGUCAUCCGUGCCUAUCUCGUCCUCUUCCCCAGUUUCCUCGGCAUCUUUGCCAGCAACUUCGGUCCCUGUAUCUGUUGUCCCCUCCGUCGCCAGCUCAGCUACGUCGUCCGUUACUGCCUCCAGUUCCAUAUCCGCCUCCCAGUCUACUGCCAUAUCUGUUUCGGGCUCUACCCUAAGUGCGAGUUCUAGUGUACCAUCAAACACCACCGAUUCCUUGCCAGUAGCCUAA